GGUAUUAACGUAAUUUCCACCUAAAGACGGAAAGCGAGGGUGGUGGAUAGAGAGAGAUAUGAUAAGAGAUGGAAACACCUCUCUAUGAGGCCCAUAUUCCAUUCAUUUCCUCUCUCUCUUCUCUCUCAAUACCAUUCGUAAGCUCGCCGGAGAAACUCAUCAAUAAAGAUGGCGCAGAGAACGGAGAAGGAAGAGACGGAGUUCAAGGUGGUCCUCGAAACCUUGCCGACGACGACAACCCCGACGCUCUGCUCCAACAACUGCGGCGUCACCGCGAGUCCAUCAACCAACAACAUGUGCCAGAAAUGUUUCAACGCCUCCGUCUCCGGUAUAGAUCCAACUCCGAUCGUAAAAAGAUCAGCCAGAUCCGUCAGUCUCCGGUCAACGCCAGCCAGAGCCGUGAUCCGUCCCAGGGAGACCGAUCCGGUUAAGAGAGAUCAUCAUCAGCAGACGAUAAACCGAUGCUCCGGCUGUCGGAAGAAGGUCGGGCUGACCGGAUUCAGGUGCCGAUGCGGCGACCUUUUCUGCGCGGAGCAUCGGUAUUCGGAUCGCCACGAGUGCAGCUACGACUAUAAAACCGCCGGUAGGGAGGCGAUCGCUAGGGAGAAUCCGGUCGUGAAGGCGGCGAAGAUGGUGAAAUUGAGUUGAUGUUCGGAUCGGAGAAGGAAUCUUCAGUCGUUGGUGGUGGUGGUUCAAAGCUCCGAUCAAGAUCGGAGAGAUCGGUUUGAUGCAGCAAACGAAGAUGAGAGAGAGAUUCUCUCUGCUUGAUUAAAUCUGAACCGUUGAUUUAUUUUUUAUUUUUAAUUAUUAUUAGGUGAAUGAUUGUUGUUGUUGUCUUUGCUUCGGAUGUGAUCUUUCUCGAUCAUCAAGACAAGUUGUGGAGUGGCAUGUGUAUGUAGAUUCGUUAGAAAUGAAGGGCGGUUUGGUAAUUAGACAAGUCAUUGUGCGUCACUCUCACAACUCAACUCACCCACCAGCCAAUUUCUCUCGACAAGGUUUGCUUGGCGUAUAAAAAAGCGGCCAAUAACGUGUUCUAGUCCGCGUAUUUGAUUAUUUUAAGUUCGAUAGUUAAUCUUCUCUCUUUGGGAGACUUUGUUCGACGCAUCCAAAACAUUUCGCAACUUUACAAUUGCUAUGUAACUCAACAAACACUUAUGUGGAAUAUAUUCGUUAACACAUAACAAUAUUUGAUUAUUUUA